AUGGGGAAAGCGAAGAAAACAAGAAGGUUUGCCGAGGUUAAACGCUUAUUAAAUCCUAAGGAUUCAAGAUUAAAAUCUGUACAAGAAAAACAAAAAAAGAAAAAUGAAGAGAGAGAAAAAGAGGCUGUUCGAAAUGUGCCACAAGUAGCCUCUUCUUUAUUCUUUAGACAUAAUACGUCUUUAGGUCCACCUUAUCAAAUUUUAGUGGAUACAAAUUUUAUUAAUUUUUCAAUUCAGAAUAAAUUGGAACUUGUACAGGCUAUGAUGGAUUGUCUUUAUGCUAAAUGUAUACCAUGUAUCACGGAUUGUGUAAUGGCUGAAUUGGAAAAAUUAGGACCGAAAUACAGGAUAAGAAAAGAUUUAUGA